GUCUCAUCCGCGCGGCGGCAUCGCUGUCGUGCGCGAGCACAAGCCCGACAAAAACCUCUCACAAAAGCACCGUCCCCUUCCCUCCCGUGUUUGGGCCCCACUCCUCUUACCGUGCGCUUCUCCUCUUGUUUCUGUUUUGUUUUGUUUUGGCGUGUUUUCCUCCUCAAAGAUGGCCUGCCAGGGGCUCCAGAAAGGGCAAACCCUGGCGACACUGAAGCGGGAGAGCGAGAGUCUGAAGAAGAAGCUGGAGGAGGAGCGGGGCAAGCUGAACGACGUGGAGCUGCACCAGGUGGCUGAGAAGAUUGAGGUGUUGGGUGCUCUCUCCAUAAAGACAAGACGUGUGCUAAAGGGUCAUGGGAACAAGGUGCUGUGUAUGGACUGGUGCAAAGACAAACGUCGUCUGGUCAGCUCUUCACAGGAUGGAAAAGUGAUUGUCUGGGAUGCAUUCACUCUUAAUAAGGAGCACGGGGUGAGUCUGCCAUGUACAUGGGUUAUGGCGUGUGCUUAUGCUCCCUCAGGUUGUGCUGUGGCGUGUGGUGGAUUGGACAACAAGUGCUCAGUGAUCCCGCUGUCACUGGACAAAAACGAAAACUUGGCCGCAAAGAAGAAGUCGGUCGCCAUGCACACCAACUAUGUAUCAGGAUGCACCUUCACCAACUCUGACAUGCAGAUCCUGACCUCCAGUGGUGACGGCACAUGCGCCCUGUGGGAUGUGGAGAGCGGGCAGCUGCUGCAGAGUUUCCACGGUCACACAGCUGAUGUCUUGUCCCUGGACCUCGCCCCAUCUGAAACUGGAAACACUUUUGUCUCUGGGGGCUGUGAUAAGAAGGCCAACGUGUGGGACAUGCGCUCUGGACAGAACAUUCAGUCUUUUGAGAGCCACGAGUCCGACAUCAACUGUGUAAAGUACUACCCCAGUGGAGACGCAUUUGCUUCUGCUUCUGACGAUGCCACAUGCCGUUUCUAUGAUCUGCGAGCUGAUCGAGAGGUAGCCGUCUACCAGAAGGACAGCAUCAUAUUUGGUGCUGCCACUGUGGACUUCUCUCUGAGUGGUCGCCUCCUCUUCACUGGUUAUAAUGACUACACUAUCAACGUGUGGGACGUUUUGAAGGGAACUCGUGUCUCCAUCCUGUUUGGCCAUGAGAACCGCGUCAGCAGGGUCAAAGUGUCACCUGAUGGCACGGCGCUCUGCUCAGCCUCCUGGGACAACACCUUACGGAUUUGGGCCUAAUGUUUCUAUGAGGGCUGUGAUCCAGCAUCAGCGUUAUGUGACCAGCACUGCAAGUUCCUGUCUGGAAACAACACACAGAAGCACAACAACCUAAUAUGUUUCCUCUGAAUGAUUAUAUAUCAUUGUAUCCUAACUGUAAGGUGGGUAUUCAUUUAAACAGACGAGUCAUCAGAUCCGGAUUCCUAAUCUCUGUUGUUUAUAGCUUAGUGACUGAUAUUGUAUAAUUAUAUGAGUGUUGCUGCUAAUAUAGUGGGAAAUAACUGUCAGUGGAAAGAGCCAAAAUAAGCUGUAGAAAUCAGCAGCAUGUGUCUGCUCUGCCAUGUCGACCUACAGACAGUUUUGCUGAUUGUCUUGUAAAUGAUGCACAUUGGUGUACUCUCCUGUCAGCUCCCCUGAGAGAACCACAGCUGUCCAGAAUAAUGUGUAGGUGUACGCACUGUUACUAUCGUUAUUACUGUCCUAGGUUAUGUCACAGUUAUCCUAAGGAAGAAAACUUUAAAUGUAACCUCUUAUUUUUCUUAUUUCAAAAUACUUAAACCUCAGCAUCUUUGGUUAUUUUCUUGUGAGAAUAAUAAAGAAGAUUUGAAGUA